AUGCAUAUUCAAUUGACAUUAGUUUCUUGUAUUAUUUGGUUUCAAAUGGGCGUUCUUGGCGAGCUGAGCCCAAGUUCAUGUUCUCUUCUUCGUACAGCGGCCAGCAUCAGUAAUAUUGUACCUGAGGUUGUGAAAAUAGCAAUGCGUUACUAUCGUGUUUCAUCAUCAACACAACGUUCAGCUGAACAUCAUCGUCAGAAACGUUUUCUUUUCGAUGAUAAUGUCGAGAAAAAUUCGGGGCUUGACAAUAUAAAAGCAUCUUUACUUGAACAAAUGGCUACUAAUGCAUUCAAAAAUGUUAAUUUUACUGCAGUAGCUAUAUCACUACUUAAUAGCAAUGAAACUGUGAAUAAAAUUCGACAAAACGUUCAGAGUGAUGCCAUUAUUCGGGCUGCUAUGCGUAAUAUAGAUUAUGAAAAAUUAGGAAGAAGUUUAUGGUAUGCUGCUGAAGCUGAAUUUAAUUUCGAAGAUCUAAUGAGAAACAUAGUUAAUAUAACUCGUAUGAAUCUCGUACAUGAAGAACUUCGUAAUAAUGGUACUUUACCAGAUUGGUUUAUUAAGAGCAUUCAUCCAAAUUUGAAUGUUCAAACUGUUCAUCGUAUGCUUGAAGAAAUGAAAAGUUUGGGACAUAAAUUUGUUACAAUAAUGAAUAGUACAAAAGAUUUAGAUGAUUAUUUAUUUAAUAUGGUACAAGAAAAUAUCUUAACACCAAUGGGAAAAACUAUUCAGAAAAUAAAAGAUGAAAAACCAGCAACACUGGAUCAAUUAGUUGAAAUAAUUUUAUAUAAUGCUAACAAAAUUAUUACAGAAAGAUUAACUGAAAUAAGUAAGCCGAUCACUAUGGAUGAAACUAGACGAAAAUCAUCACCAUCAGUGAUAAUAACCACAUCAGACGAUGAAAACUACGAUGAUGUUAAGCUGUUCUUUUAUCAAUGUGCCAUAGCUGUUGAUUCAAUGGGACAAACAAUGCGAAUUAUGUUCAAAGCAUUUGAACAACUCUACUGUGCAACUAUAUGGGACUGA